UUGGAAUCAUAUUGGAGUUGAUUAAGAUCAAAGAGUAUAAUAAUAAUUAAGAUUGUGGAUGAUAUUAUGAUGAUAGAUGUGCAUUCGACGUUUGCUAAUUGAUUAUUGAUAUUUGAAUUUUGAUCGGGUAGUGUAUCGGAAGUACGAUAAACACGUCAUAAUAAUUCAUAUAUUUAAAACAUCAACAACAUCAGUGUGAACUGUAGAGUUCAGUGUUGUUUUUAACAGAAAACUGAAUUUAUACAAAAUAUUUCAACAUUUUUAUCUAAAUAAUAUAGGGAAGUACGAUUUAAAAAUUUGUUUAUUUUCUAAUGCUAUAGGCGAUGUCGGAAACAAAAUCGAUAUUGCACGAACUUUACGUGUUUUCUGAGUGGAAACCAGAACCUGAGUAUUUGCAAAAGCCGGAUAAUAUUUUCCCAGAAACUUUAUCAGGACUCUGGAAGUGGCUUAAAUUUUUUGGUCCCAAAAAGAGCCUUAUUGAUAGUGUUACUGCGUUUACAGAAAAACAUCAAAAAUGGCACAUAGCAUUAGGCGAUCAAGGGAAAGUCAUUGCAAUCCUUACUGAUAAUAUAUUAGAAAUAAGAACUAAAAGAUCAGAUUAUGCAACCAUUGCUGCUCGAACAACAGUUUCCAGAGAUCCAUACUCUCAAUGGCGUAAGAUUGUUUGGAGUCCAGACUGUUCUUUCUUGGUAAUUGCUAACGGAAAUGGUGUUGUAAGCUUCUAUGAUCUCACAGCUGCGAAUCUGUUUGAAAUUCCAAUUGAUUGCUCACGACCAGGGGGUUUGGAGUGUACCGAUAACACUCAUGCAGUUGCAGAAAUUAUAUUCAUGCCACUCAGGGUUAAGGACACAAAAUGGAGUUGGGAGGUCCUAAUAAUAACAUAUGAUGGUAAACUGCGGGGCUACCUCGUCUCUCAGACGGAGGGCUGCAAGCUCCACCACACGUUCUCGUUCACGGGUGGAGUGUCUGCUGCGGCGUACUGCGCUCCUCACGCCACGUUGUACAUCGCCGGGGUUCCCACACCACUUUAUAAAGAUCCGAAGUGUCCCUUGGGUGCCGGUAUCCGCGCGUGGCGGAUCCUCAACGAUGAGCCGUUCUACAAGCUGUCGGUGGUGUCUGACGAGCUGGAAGCCAAGCUCGCUAACCAGCGUUUCACACUUUACAUUCCCUUCCUACAUUCCAAGAAUAUGAACUUCAUAGUCCGCAUGGUUCCCUCACCGAGCAGCUCAAUGUUAGUGUGCCUGCACUGCAACGGUGACGUCACAACAUGGCGACUGCCUCUCCUGCGCUGCGAGAGCCGAUACCAGUUGACGGAACAACCGGGGCACGACCUCGACAGCCCGCUCAAGACGGACACUGGGAAAGACCUGAUGCUGUACUAUCCAGCUGAUGUAGACUGGUGGAGUGAUGAAGAAAUAAUAUUGUCACGGUUCAGCGGCGCGGUGUCUGUCUGCGGGAUACAAGACAUGACCAAUAUUCUGGGGAAGAGACCAGAGUUCUUCCAAGGUGCACCCUGGGUUCGGUGCGCACAUGACGGUGCCUUCGUCGUGCUGGAAUGUGAGAGCAAUGUGCUGCCAGCAAAGAAGUCACAAAGUGAUGAUUCGAUGGCUGUAGUUGAAUCGACUGAGGAAGAUGAAGCAUCCAUGUUGGAGAUGAGCAAAGAGCUGAUGAAGGCUGUUCUGUUUGCUAUCACCGACAUGGAGAGCUUCCAGCCCAGACCCCGGCGCAUCACCGUCGUGUCACGUGUCUACAGGCUGAUGGCCGUUCGUAGCACCACUCCUGAACAGCUAUUCAACCGAAAGAUUGAGAGCGGCAAGUACACGGAGGCUCUCAGCCUCGCCGAGCGGUUCGCGUUGGACACAGACCUCGUGUUCCAGCAGCAGUGGCGCACUAGCGUCGUGUCCACGCACGCCAUACAACACUAUCUGAGCAAAGUAUCAAAGAAAAUAUGGGUAGUACACCAGUGCGUGGACCGCCUGCCUGAGAGUCUACCAGCCGCCAGGGAACUGCUCGACUUUGGUUUGCAGCUCACCAACCAGAACAUUCUCGAGGAAAUAAACAAGGACCUCACGGAGGAGGAGCGCAAGGGUUGUGAAGAUGUGAGCGUCGAGGACCUCAACUCUUACAGCACGGAGCUGCUGCGCUGCAGACACGUCAUGAUCUUCUACAAGGAGCGGCUCAGCUUGUAUGAGGCGAUCCUGGAUUGUGAGAAAUCAACAUACGUUAAAGAUGAGUAUGACCGGCUCCGCAGCAACAGCAUAGUGCAUAGCGCUAUGGAGAUCGCCAAAGAAGGUCGCAUAGAAGCGCUCACGUGUCUAUGGCCGUACAUAAAAUCCUUGUCUAUGCAAUUGGCCGUAUUGGACAAGGUGCCAGAAACGGCUAACCCGAUCAACUACCAGCACUUGCUGCCCACCAAGGAGCCCAGCUCAUGGUUCGAGAAGAAGUCACCGAUCAAAAUCAAGCCGUCCGAACAUGAGCACGAUUGGUGCAAGAAAGAGAUAUUCAGACCAAUAUGGAGCUCCAAUUGGUCGGAGGAUGCGAGCCCCGAGUCUGAAGCGAAGUUAUCCGAGAGUGAGAUCGCGGCUUGGUACGAGCGGCGUGCGAGAGAGAUAGAGAUGUGCAGCGGGCUCGUCUCUCACGCUCUAACGCUGGUUACCAUAGCAACCACAGGCGGCGGCGUGAGCGGGCUGGAGGCGAUACUCCACAACCUUGUGACACUCGACACACUACUGUACGACCUCAACGAGGAAGACGUCACCUUGUCGCAGCUUGAGGAAAUGGAGCUAUUGGAUGUUUGCAAAUUGAUGACAAAAUCGUCGUCUCCCGACACGUUCGUGUCAGAUCUGCGGCAGUUCGUGGUGCCGUUGCUGAAGCGCAACGAGGCUCAGCUGCAGCAGCCGUGGGUGGAGAAGCUGACAGACUUCCUGGAGGCACUCAGCGUCCACGAUCUUACCUACGUCCUUGCGGUAUUCAGGUCCAAACACGAGUUAGAGCUGGACAUAGAGACACAGGUGCGGCUGGCGGAGCGCUGCCUGCUGGCUCACGAGGACACGCACCAGCUGCCGCUCGCCUGCGACCUGCUGCACUCAGUACUCGAAAACUCCGACGCGGAGUCGUGCUCGUGGGCCGUGGAGCGCGUGCGCGAGCUAGAGCGCGUGGUCAGCGGCUGCAGCAAGCUGGCUGGCCGCGCAGUGCCGACGUCGCCGCGGGAGCUGGCCCACGUGCUGCGAGUGCCCGACCCCGCGCACUGCGCCCGUCUGCUCACCCGCCUGGCUCGCUCACACCGCGUCGCCGCACACGCGACUGAGAAAUCCAAACAAAAAGAAUGGAGCAGUGUUCUUAAAGACAUGGUGGAUCUUCAGACAACGAUCUUUUCCUAUGUAUCCCGAGAGGAAGUUCAUGAGAUUUACGCAUCAGCGCUGUUGACGUCUGGAGACGCGGACAGCAUCAGGCUGGCAGGCGAGGUGCUGAGUGUGGCCCUGAACCGCCACUCGUCGCGCCUCGUGGACUACGAAACCUCUGUGCGCCUCGUCACUACCGCCGCCACCGAGUACUUCAACUCCGCCUCCUCGCUCCUCGAUCCUGCGCUCACGCUGGCCAAGUCGUGCCUGUUGCUGAUAGAGCGCGGGAAUCCUGCCGUGGAGACGGAGAUAGAUUUGAUUGACGCAUUGCCACUGCUGCAUUCCUUCCGCAUACAGAUGUUGCCGAUCCAAGUUCGUCUGUGCGAGGAUCGAAUGAAACUGAUAGAGGAGUGCUUGACGUCUGAAGAGAGCGCCUACAUGGCCAGCGAGAAACUGCUGCAGCUUGCUAAGUUGCUGCGGGUGGCCGGGGAUCACGACGAUGCCAGUAGGUAUGUCAUUGUAUAGAGAGAGUAUGGUGCU